UCCAGUGACAACUCAAAUGUGUUUUCCCUUAGCGAGACUCUGUAGUAUCUAAAGCACGUAGUCUGUAGACCCCACACGGCACAAAUCAACCCGCACCCGGACCGUAGGAUGGCUUCGUGGAAAGUCGCGAUGACCGCAGCGGCGUGCCUCUGGUGGCUGGGCGGGGGAAGGUGCGAGGAGUACCGAGUACUCGUCAUGAUGACCACGACGCGUCACGACGUGGACGGGGACGCCGAGCUGUACUUCAGCGCCAAGCGGAUGGCCGCGGGGGCUCUCAUGGCCAUCGACUCUGUCAACAGCGACCCAAACUUACUUUCUGGUCACGUCUUAACCUACACUUAUGUCGACACGGAGUGCGACCCAGUGCAUGGCACCGGUCAAGCCCUGGAAAAUAUUUUCAACGGAAGCUAUAGUGGCUUCAUCGGUCCUACCUGUUCCCAGGUCUGUAGACCUGUAGCUAACCUCGCAGCCUACUGGAAUCUCCCCGUCUUUACCCCUCUGUGUAACGCCAUAGACAUGCACGACAAACACCACUUUUCGACUCUAGUGCGAUUUUUCGGACCUGCUAAAACUUGGGGCAGUUUUUACGUGGCGAUAUGUAAGAGGUUCGGAUGGAAUCGUUUCGCUGUAAUAAGUCACUGGGACAUUGGCUGGACCAUCCCCGCCAACGGAAUUGUAGACCACGCCGAGGAACUGAACAUGACCGUCUCCUCCUACCACGUACUGAGUCAGGACGACAGUCUGGAAAAAGUCCUGACACAGACGACAAAACACGCCAGAAUUAUUUUGCUGUCGGCUCCCGGAGACCUGAUCCGGCGCCUGAUGCUGACUGCGCACGACCUGGGCCUGACUGGCGGGGACCACGUCUUCUUCUGUCUCAGGUACUUUCGGCACGACGAGAUCUUCGGCAACUUCUCCUGGAAAAAAGGCGACUCCCGUGAUGACGCCGCCCGUGAAGCCUACAAGUCGUUAUUCAUGCUGUCUGUGUACAGGCCAAACAACGACGAUUCUCGCACUUUCUCGCGUGACGUCAGACGACGAUCUCGUCAGACGUUUUCCUAUGAAUUCCACCCAGACGAGGAGGUGUCGGUUAUGGCUGCUAUUGCAUACGACACCGUGAACAUCUACGCGCAUGCUCUCAACGAAACCCUGGCGUUCGGGGAGGAUCCGUACGACGGGCGCCGCCUAGCGGAGAGAGUGCGAAAUAGAACCUUCGGAGGAGUGCAGGGUUGGGUGACUCUGGACGGUAACGGUGACAGGGAGACUAACUACAUGAUGUACAGCUUCCAGGACGGCUACAUGAAGGCGGUGGGGUACUACUUUGGUCUGAGCGGGAAGUACGAGGACGUGCCGGGCACGAGGAUCAGGUGGGCCGGGGGAGGCCACACACCCCCUCCCGAUACUCCGAACUGCGGCUUCGACGAGGAACUGUAUCUCCGCAAUGGUCGGUAUGGACCUAUCUAUACCCUGGGCUUGGCGCUGGUUUUUCCAAUUAUAUUGCUGUUAGUCGGAUACACCAUCUAUCACAGACACACUAUGGAAAGGAAGCUUGCCUUCAAGACAUGUCAGCUGAGAUCUCAGGACAUCAUCCCUAUCAGAACACGUUCUACGUGUGCUAAGAAUUCUCUGUCGUCUGGCCAAGAAAACUCUCCUUGCAAGCUGGCGGAAUAUAAGAACACAGUUUACAUCAUGAAGGGACUGAAAGUUGACGGAAGCCGUGCGACAAUGAAACGGGGGAUCCUGAAGGAACUACAACAGUUGUGUGAACUGAACCAUCCCAAUCUGGCCCGGAUUGUCGGCGCAUGCCUAGAAGCGCCCAACUGCUGCGUCCUGAUAGACCACUGCUCCAAGGGCAGCCUACAGGAUAUACUGAAGAAUGAGUCCAUCAAACUGGACUGGACUUUUCGGUGGUCUCUUAUUAUGGACAUAGUGAAAGGUAUGGAGUACCUGCACAACAGCUUCCUGAAGUGCCACGGGAGUCUGAAGUCUACUAACUGUGUGGUGGACAGUCGGUUUGUGGUCAAGAUCACCGACUUCGGCCUCUGGCGGCUGAGAAAAAAGAAGCGUAUUUCUGUCGAAGAGCCCAAAUCUGACGCACUUCUUCUCAACAACAACGCUGUUACUGCACUGAAACAUGCACAAGACCAGCUCUGGACGGCGCCGGAGAUCCUACGUGGUAAGACGGAGAGAUCUCAGAAAGCUGACGUCUACAGUUUUGCACUUAUUCUGCACGAGAUCGCCUUCAGAAGAGGGGUGUUCUACCAAGAGGGGAGCCAACUAUCGCCAAAAGACAUUGUAACCCGAGUGGCGCUGUCUCUGUCCGGAGUACCCUUCCGACCGACAGUUUUGGAGGAGGACUGUCCAGUGGGACUGUCCGGUCUCAUGACACAGUGUUGGGCAGAAACACCGGAGGAGAGGCCGGACUGUAAGGUCAUCGGCGCAGUCGUGAGAAGAAUAAGUGGCAUGAAGAGUGAGAACAUCCUGGAUAACCUGCUGGCCCGUAUGGAGCAGUACGCGGAUAACCUGGAGUCGCUGGUGCAGGAGAAGACUGCGCAGGUUCUGGACGAGAAGAAACGGGCAGAGGACCUGCUGGAACGGCUCUUACCAAGGACUGUGGCGAAUCAGCUGAAGCACGGAGGCACGGUCCACCCCGAGUCGUAUGACAGCGUCACCGUGUUCUUCAGCGAUAUCGUCGGCUUCACGGCCAUGUCUGCCGCCAGUAGCCCCAUGGAAGUUGUGGACAUGCUGAAUGACCUGUACACCUGUUUCGAUGACAUCAUCGGUAAUUACGAUGUUUACAAGGUGGAGACGAUAGGAGACGCUUACGUCGUGGUGUCCGGACUACCGGAGAGAAACAGUAACCACGCCGCGGAGAUAGCCCGGAUGGCCCUGGAGAUGCUCCGGGCGGUCCAGACCUUCAGAAUCAGGCACAGGAAAUCUGAACAACUCAAACUCCGAAUCGGCAUCCACACUGGUCCGUGCGCGGCCGGGGUGGUGGGGAGGAAGAUGCCUCGGUACUGUCUGUUCGGCGACACCGUCAACACAGCGUCACGGAUGGAAACAUACGGAAUGGCCCUCAGAAUCCACGUCAGCGAGAGCACCUACCAAGCCCUGUGUCAGACAGAAAGAUUCCUGCUCGAGUCGAGAGGAGAAAUGGACAUAAAGGGCAAAGGGUCCCUUACAACCUACUGGCUGCUGGGAGAGAAGGAUGGUAUCAUGAAAGAAAGCUUCGUAUGACACCGUGUUCCGUGCAGCAAAAUUCCGCCAGAGGACGCUGUUGUAUUUGUGUAUUUCGUCCACAUUUAUUAUAAUCAUUGUAAAAGUUGAGAACUGUUACGUAUAUGUGCGAAGUAAUGUCUAUAGAAAGGUACAAAUAUUUCGAAAUUCAAAUGUUUAGUUAGUCGGGACUCACUUGUUUAAGCAGACUAGGUUCGCCAGUUUUAAUUUCUCAGUAUUACGACAUUUGCUAGCAUGCUUUGAGGCUAUAUGCUCCCGAAUUAUGUUACGUUUUGCUUUAGACAUUGUAAAUGACAAUUAGACGAAACAGUCAUUGUCAGAACUAUGUCAGACUUCGCCAGACACAAUCUAUGAUCCAAAUUUGUCAUAAGCUGUCACACUUUGUCAGAAACCGUCCAACUAUGCCAGGAACCGUCCAAGUAUGUCAGGAACCAUCCAACUUUGUCAGAAACCGGCCAAUUGCAACUUUGUCAGAAACUGUCCAAUGCUAAGACCGCCAAUAAGUUGUAACGCAUACAAAUUGUUGACUUUGUGACUCGCAAUCCCAAUGAUAUGAUAUUUCUUUGUCAUAUCUAAGGCCAUGUUGAUUUGAUUAUAUGGAUGACAUCCGCGCGCGCAUGAAUUUUCGUAAGUUACAAAAAAAAACA